AAUUUGAAUGCAAUGCAAAAAUUACACAAAAUUGGGGCGGGGCAAAGGAGCUACAGUUACGCAGCAAGAGAAAUAGUGGCCAAAGUUUCGGUUUCAAAGUUUGGAAGACCGAGUGCGUUUUCCUCAGUCGGCAGGGGAGGAGGAAAUGCCCUGGAAGAAGGACGUUUUCAAAACGUCUGUGAUUCUGGAAGAUGGGCAUCAUGGAAUUAUUGUCACCAGUAGUAAUCGCCGUCCUGGGAAGCUGUGUUCUUUUCUUAUUCUUUCGGUGGCAGAAUUUGCGUGGACCCCCGUGCAUCCAAGGCUGGGUUCCCUGGAUCGGAGCGGGAUUUGAGUUUGGGAAAGCCCCUCUUGAAUUUAUAGAAAAAGCAAGACUCAAGUAUGGACCAAUAUUUACCAUCUUUGCUAUGGGAAACCGAAUGACCUUUGUUACUGAAGAAGAAGGAAUUGAUGUGUUUCUAAAAUCUAAACAUGUAGACUUUGAACUAGCUGUACAAAAUCCUGUCUAUCACACAGCAUGGAUUCCAAAGAAUGUCUUUUUAGCACUUCAUGAGAAACUGUAUGUCUUGAUGAAGGGGAAGAUGGGGACUUUCAGCAUGCAUCAGUUUACUGGGCAGCUGACUGAGGAAUUUCAUGAGCAACUGGAAGCUUUAGGCACCCAUGGGACCAUGGAUCUGAACAAAUUUGUAAGGCAUCUUCUUUAUCCAGCCACAGUUAAUACUCUCUUUAAGAAAGGGUUGUUUUUCACAAAUGAGAGGAAAAGCAAGGAGUUCUACCAACAUUUUAAAACUUACGACGAGGGCUUUGAGUAUGGAUCCCAGCUGCCGGAAUGGCUCCUGAGAAACUGGUCAAAGUCUAAAAGAUGGCUCCUGGCGCUGUUUGAGAAAAAUAUUGAAGAAAUAAAAGCUCAUAAGCCUGCAGAAGGUCAUUCUGGGACCCUCAUGCAGGUCAUGCUGGAUAUCGUGAAGACGGAAACAGGUCAACACAGUCCUAAUUAUGCACUGCUGUUGCUUUGGGCCUCUCUGGCCAAUGCUCCUCCUAUGGCAUUCUGGACACUUGCAUUUGUCCUGUCCCAUCCUGACAUCCACAAGACCGUUUUAGAGGACAUAUCUUCUGUGUUUGGCACUGCAGGUAAAGAUAAGAUUAAAGUGUCUGAAGAUGACUUGAAGAAGCUCCCUUUAAUUAAGUGGUGUGUUCUGGAAGCUAUCCGUUUGAGAGCCCCUGGUGUCAUUACUAGAAAAGUAGUGAAGCCAGUUCAAAUUCUGAGUCAUACAGUCCCUUCUGGUGAUCUGUUGAUGGUGUCUCCAUUCUGGCUACACAGAAAUCCAAAAUAUUUUCCCGAACCUGACUCAUUCAAACCUGAACGCUGGAAAGAGGCAAAUAUAGAUAAGAAUGUUUUCUUGGACUGCUUCAUGGCUUUUGGAGGCGGGAAGUUCCAGUGUCCUGGAAGGUGGUUUGCUCUGUUAGAGAUCCAGAUAUGUGUUAUUUUAGUGCUUUAUAAGUAUGAUUGCAGUCUUCUGGACCCAUUGCCAAAACAGAGUUGUCUUCAUCUGGUGGGUGUCCCCCAGCCAGAAGGGAACUGUCGAAUUGAAUACAGACAAAGAACAUGACAUCCGUUGGGGCUCAAGACCGUCAGAAUCUUUUAGAAGAGUGAAGGCACCCAGCUACUGCCCUCCCAGCAUCUUGACUUGAAGAUGGCACACAUGUUUCAGAUCCGAAGAUCUCGAAUCUGACUUCACUGUCGGGAACAUAGAAAACCCAAUUCAAGGUUUAGAGGAAGGCUUCAAAUGAUUUUAUUUUUUAUUUAAAAAUUAUUUUUUUAUUUUACAGACUGACCCCAGUUUCCCAUCCUUCCCCUCCUCCUUCUCCUUCUUCCCCCUUGUCGACUCCCCAGAGGGGGUAAGGCCUU